UUUCAAAACCUCAAAGAUAUUUCUCACCACAGUACUAUAUCGUCACAAAAACAAACAAACAAAAAAACAAAUACACACAGAAACCUCAAAACCCCCUAAAACCCUUGCUAAAAAUCCCUCAUCAUCAUUUUGCACCAUGAAUUCCAACUCCAAUUCCACCACUCCCAAUUUCGACAAUCUCCUUCUUCAAUCUUUAAUUGGCCGCCUCCAAAUCCGCCCUCCACCUCCUCCUUCAUCAACUAAUCCCUCCUUCCUCUCUCCUAAAUCCCUCGAACAACUUCUCUUCAACAACUUACUUGACGAUGACGAUGACGACGACGACGAUAACCUUGACGAUUGCGUUAACGGAGACGGAUCCUCGAAAUCCGAUCUCUCUCGAGAGGAAUCCCGUCUGGAGAAACAGAUAAUACGGACUAUUUUGAGCGGGAAGGUUGAUUCGUUGAAGCCGAACUCGGGUCAAGCAGUUACGAUUGGGGAGCAUCAUAUAUGUGUAGGGUUUCAUGAGGAUUCGGGUUCGGAUUAUCGGGUGUGGGAAUGGCAUGGACAUAUUAUGUUGUUUGAUGAGGAAAAUGGGUAUACACCUGAGUAUAUUUAUGGUAAUUAUUUUGAAAGAGUUGGUGGUAAGUUGAUGACGAAGACAACGACAAAGAAGAAAGAGGAGGAGGAGGAGGAAGUUGAGAAAGAGGAGAAAGUGGGGAAUUUGGGAUUGAAGGAGUUGAUUGAAUCGGGUGACUCGAAUAGCGAGGGGAGGAUUCUUCGGAGGAAUAUGAAUGCUGGCUCUCCGAGGGUCUAGCAGACAGGCUGGUGAAGUUGAAGUUGCUGUUUUACAACGAGGAGGCACUUGAGAUGCUCUGCACAUUUUCCCUUGGCCGGACGGAGUUCUUUUUCACCUUCCCAACUCCAAGCUAUUUGGUAUUUUAAUGGCAUACCAAGUAGCUUGGGAAGUUAGGAGAACACAGGCUUGUAUUGAAAGGUUAGGAGCUCCACGGUGAGCAUUGUGGAGUGCUGAGUACUUUUCUGCGACACUGUUUUGUUAAUUUCUUGAAGCAGUUGCCCGGGGUUUAUCGGGCUGAUAACAGAUUAUAUAAGAUAUUCGAUUUCUGAAUAACAUCUUUGUUGGGUUUGUGAGUAAUAGAUUUUUAACGAUUUUUCGCUGCA